AUGGCAUUCGAUCUUGAAGCUGCACGCAUCACCGCAUUGCCUGAGGAUGCAUUCUAUAUACCGGACUUCAUUACAGAGGACGAGGAGAAUUGGUUACUUCAGAAGGUCAAAUCAGCGCCGCUGCCACGCUGGACCCAGCUCUCGCACCGCAGACUUCAAACAUGGCCAUCAGCCCUGACUAAGAGUAAUUCUCUUCUCGCAUCGCCCUUACCAGCUUGGCUUAUGUCACCGAUCGUUGACCCACGGUUUGAGGCACUGGGUAUCUUCAACGAUGCGCCACACCAGGCCCCAAACCAUGUCCUAGUAAACGAGUACCAGCCUGGACAGGGGAUCAUGCCACACGAAGAUGGAGCGGCCUACUAUCCCCUCGUUGCGACGGUGAGCCUGGGGGCACCAAUUGUGCUCGAUAUGUAUCACAAACACCCCCAAGGUGAGACACCCAGCACAAACCGAAGACCUCAAUAUAGGGUCUUGCAGGAGAGACGGAGUCUGUUAAUUAUGAGGGGCAAGAUGUACACUGAUCUUCUGCAUGGCAUCGAGGAAACGACGAGAGAUGAGGAUCUGGGCCCUCACUCUAUCUGCAACUGGGAGCUCUUGCGAGAGAAGGAGCCGUACCAGGGUGGGUGGUAUGAGCGGAAGACGAGGACUAGCCUCACGUACAGGGACGUGCUUCAUGUUGUGAAGAUGGGGAAUGCCUUGAAGUUUUUGGGUGGGAUGUAA